AUGCGUUCGUUAGACACCUUGACACAUGUUUAUCAUGACCCUCGCCCCGGACCCUCGCCCACACGAGAAGCAAUGGACGAGCAGAGCUAUGGCAAUGAGAUCGCUGUUCGGGAAGAAGGCGCGUGUCAUUCUGCUGAGGAAAUACCAAUUUCGAUACAGUCAAGUGAUGGCGAUGUGCCUACAACUCUUUCCCUCGGCCAGGGCUUUUCGACAUUAGCUGACAUGACUGAGGGCUUGCCUGAGGAAGUCUUGCCUCAUUUGGCGGGCUUGGAGCUGAUGUCUCUGCAGCCUGGGUCGAGCGUCGUCGAAGUGAGCGCUGACGGAAAGAGCUCCAUGGAAUGUGUCAUGCAGCAAGUCUCGGUCCAAGUUCAAUCACAAAAAUUUGAGCUUGAAGGUGAAAGUUCUGGCUCAGCGAAGAAUCAAGGCUAUAAUGCCUUACAUGCGGCCAUUCUGUACUCAGACAACCCCAAGAUUGCGCAAGAUCUCAUAGACGUCGGAUAUGACGUCAACCUAACCUCGACAGUCUCGAAAGAGACGGCCUUGCAUGUUGCUCUAAAGGCAAAGAGGGAAUACCAAGUGAUUUACGUCGACAGGCUUCUGAAGGCUGGUUGUGAUGUAGGGGUUAAGGAUUGCAGCGGAAAUACUGUCCUACACAUAUGUAAACACACUGACCUGCUUUCUAAACUGAUCAAGGUUUCUGACCACGGAGUGUUUGAGACGCGUAACGUGAACGGCUACACACCCCUGCACUCUGCAAUAGAUUGUGGUCACAACGAAGCAGUUGACCACAUGCUCAAUAAAAAUGUAGAUCCCAACAUAGCAGACCGUGAUGGGAACAAUGCGCUGCAUCUCGCAUCGAGGGACGAACUUACGGCAGACUCUCUAGAAUGGAUGGAAUGGUCACAACAAGACCUAGAUGACAAAUGGAAGUCAGUUAUUCCCCACUUGACAAUGGGGACGGGCCUGUCAAAGGCAACAUACAAGCGCCUUCUGACUCGGAUGCACGAUAUUGACACUCAGAAUAAUGCAUACCGCACGGCACUCCACAUUGCCGUGGAGCACAACUGUCUUAGAGCUGUGACGCUUCUAUUAGAAGCUAACGCUAACGCAUUCGAAAUCCCUGACGCAGAUGGAAACUCGGCCUACGACCUAGCUUGCUCGAAAAAGGAUAUUGCGCCGGAAAUAAUAGGAUUGCUCUGA